AUGGCAUCAAUAUCGUUACACGGCAGUAAUCGUGGGCUCCAGAUUGGAGAAAACCAUGGCUCGAUUCAUAUGCUUCCGGAGCAACCGGAAACCCCCAGCCCGCUAUCAACAGUCCCAUUCCCACCCGAUCCAGAUUUUGUUAGCCGCGAUGCUCUCCUUGAUCAGAUCCGAGAGAAAAACUCUCAGUUCCGGGGUCGAGAAUUGCGCUGA